AAGGUUCGUCUUAUUUCGAAUGGCGAGACAUUGUUUUUGCGCUCCCUCUAUCUUGGUAUCGUCCGAAGGCUAUAAAUUCUCCGCUAAACCGCUCACCAAGCGUUGCGCUGUGUGCAGCUUCGGUUGCUUAGGAACCAUCGAAUGCAGGUGGUGUAAAGACAAUGUCGGCAUAGUGAGAAAGUUGGUCGAUCUGGCUGGUUGAGGUGUAGAGGGGACACCACAAACCAUGCCAAGAUUCUGACUAUUACAAGUUCCACUGCCCUCAGUAAAUCUUGUCUUUGCCUGGACUGUACCUACAAUUAUGGUGACUCUUAUCACAGAGCAGCUCCGAAAACAGAGUUUGGAAGAACCUUGUCACAAGGCUUUCUCAUUUAGUGUGAAAGCGUCAUUGCCUGCAGUUGGCUCCAGUCCUACUGUCUCAUGUAGCACUUGUGUUCCAACAAAAGAAAGUAGCUCGACUAUACGCCAAUCAUCCAAAGCUACCUUUCUGCAGAAUUCCUGUGAACUUGAACCCCUAUGGCCGCAUUCCCACUCUGGACACCCUCUGCAAAGAACAGUGGUUUCCUUCACAGAUGAGGCCCUCCAAAGCUCCCCUCCACCCCCACCUCCAAAACGCCAUUGCCGGUCUCUCUCUGUUCCAGAGGACCUGUCUCAAUGCCGCACCAGCUGGCAUCCUAGUGCAUCGAAGGUUUGGAUCCCAGUGAAACGUGGUUGCCAGAGUGGAGGAGUGUCUAGUUCAGGUUCUGCAGCUAGCUCUUUGCCACUUUGUGGUCCAAGUUCAUCCUUUACCUCUUCAUCUUUACACUCAUCUUCUAGCCCUACCUUCUUUAGCUUGGCACUAUCCUCUGAUUCCCCAUUACCAUGGAGCUUCCAGUGGGACCCUUGUGACAGACUAAAAGGUGCCUGCUCUGCCACCUUUGCCACCCCUUCUUCCUGCUCCUCCUCACCGGCCCCACUGAUUUCCCACUCAUUGCUGCAGCGACGUUUUUCCCUUUCGCCUGUGCACAUUCAGGAUGCGUCUGUUAUCCUGCCAGCACAACCCAUUCCCGCCUCUGCUCUGUCAUUUGGUUGUUCUGGCAUAGAGCAUCCAGCCCUGUCUCAAUCACCUACUUCAGUCUGCAGUACGCCAUCCUCUUCUAGGCGCGACCUGCACCCAGCGCUGCCACGGUGCCACUCUCAGCCCUGUGACAUGCGCAAGCCUCGCUUGAAGAGACGCCAUGAUGCAGAUGUUCUGCCGUGCAUGAGACCAGGGCUGGACUUUAGCAAGAUGACACAGAUUGGUAAUCGUGAGAGCCCAAUGUGUGACACAGGAAGCUGCAUAGUUCCUGUGUCCUACCAGGCAGAGCAGCACUCAACCUUCUCCCCUGCAGACUUUCUGGGCCGAGCUAGCAUUGGGCCAUUAAGUGAAAGUGAUGAAGAUGAUGAUGAUGAUGAUGAUGAAGAAAGAAAAAGGAAUAUAUUAGAUGGAGGACAAAAAGUUAUUUUUGAAAGGGACUGCACAGACCUGGACUUGAACCUAAUAGAAGAAAACUGAACAGUUUGUGGUACUUCUAGUGUUAUUACUGCAUUCCUAACAAUGUUAAGCACACCUGUACGCUUUGUGCUCUCCUUUGGGAACCUGCUGCCCUCAUACGGCUCAUGUCCAGAUUUUAUAAUCAAAAACCCAGCAAUUAGGAGCUUAUAUCAAAUUGCAAUUUCAUAACUGUUAUUCGAGGUAGUUCACUAUUCAACAAAAGAAUCGAAGAAAUGUCAUGGUGCCUGCCUGUUCAGAAACCCACUGUACCCCACGGAUAUGUGCAUGAGUGCAUAUUUGACAAAUAUCUCAUUGAUGCAAUUCUUUUUUUAACCCUAAUUGUUGGUAUGCAUCUUACUAUUCUCACAUCAUUUUAAAAUAGCAUUAUAUACUGAAAUAAUGCAAACUGCUUGGCCAUAUUGUAUAGUCUCAUAGUUUUUUGAGAUUAUAUAAAAAAAAAAAAUAACUGCUGAAAUAUUAAGAUGCGAUAUCCUUUGCAUACACUUUUGUAUUUCUCUCAUUAGGUGAGAAACACACGUGUCCCUACAAAUACAAGGCUGGUGGUGCUGGUUGUGUGUGUGAUUUGCAAAACAAAAUGUGGAAAUAUAAAUCGAAUAUGUUCAACCACAUGUAGUACAAACAUAACCACACAGUACAUGGCCCUAUGACAAAUAUUGCUCCCAACAACAUUUCGUUACCUACUGCAGAAGUUGUUUCUAGUGGUUCUCCAUGCAGUUGAGCAUAAAUGACAGAUAUGUGAUCAGACUGGGCAAGUGCUACUGAAUCCACUCAAUGUUUAUCUUUGUUGACAAAGAAUUCAGGCCACUGACAUUAAAAUUGACACUCAUUUGAGAUGUUUUUUGUGACUUGUCAAAAAACCCUAUUGCUGAAUAUGCAAAUUUUAACAUUUUAUUUUUUAGUAUUUUUGGGGGAAAAAUGUAAACUAUGUAGUUUUUUGCCCACGCCUAGCAACCAGAAUCCUUGUAGUUUUUUUUUUUCCUCUAAUCAUUUGAAUAUGCAAUGGAAUCCCGUGGUUUAAUCUAGUGGUCGGAGGGUCAGCAUUUCUCAUCACUCCAGCAGUUACUGCUGUAAAUUGUUUUAAACAUGAAUGUAUGUGAACUAGUGAAGCUGGGUUUAACGUUGCCAUGUAAAGGUUAAAAAGAUAAAGGAGCACAAACAUAAUACGUUAUACUUAGAUGGUCAGUUCUUGGUUAAAAAAGAUAUUUCAGUAUUUCACUGCAGUUCCUUUAAAUACCUCACAUCCUAAUAAUGACCUGCUUUUACUGCUUUUCUCCAGUUAUUUUCUUGUUCCUUUCAAAGUAGCAAUCAGUCAACAAAGGGUUAGGGGUUACAAUUUAUAGCUCAUAGCUGAAACAAUAGUGUGUAUGUUUCAAGUAUACUCUGUACUUUUUUUUUUUUAUUUCCCCUGUAAACUGACCAUGCCUUAAGGUUGUAAUACAGAGUUGUUGACCUUAUUUUUCAGCCAGACAUUUUUGCAGUGUCCUGUUGUGGUAAUUGAGAUGAUUUUGAACAGGUGACACGCACUAUUGUAGUGAACUGAAAAACUGUAUGAAUGCUGGGCGGAAUAUACUGUACAGUGACUGGUACGAAUUCUGAUGAGUUGGUGGCCUUAGAGAAAUACGUAUUAAUGUGUUUUCAGAUGGAAAUAUUCUUGUUGCACAACCAAUGUACAAAUAAAAUUUAAUAGAUUUUUUUCGAAAA